AUGGCCCCGGCAGGCUCAGUACAGAGGCUUGAGACAGCCUGGCGUGUCCAGCAAAUUAUGUCUAUAGGAUAUUCAGGCAUGGGUGCAUGGUGUCUUUUGCUUCCAUCGUCAGUCAUCGGCUUGUCCCUCGCUCCUCAACAUGUCUCUUAUGACCGCACUACAUUGCUACUUAUGCGUUGCUUUGGAGCGCAAGCGGCAACCUGUGGUCUACUCCUUGGGGCAGCUACUAUGACGAAGCGAAGUUUCACUGCCUUUGGUCUUGCCAUGAUUCCGUAUCUUGCAUUCAACGCUUGGUUUGGGAUUGGCCCUGGACAAGGGAUGUUUACCCCAUUGUUGUGGUUAGAUUUUGCUGGCAAUGUCACCUUUGCCUUGGGUUCAUUUUAUUGUGCUAGUCUUUUGACAGGAAUCAAAGAAGAAUGA